AUGUCUUUCAAAUUCCCUUCAUUGCAAUCCUUCGGCCAGUCGUUGCAACAGACCUCCCAGCAAUUGGGUCAGCAGAUCCAGGAAGGAAUCCAGAAUGUGUCUAAGGAAGCCACCUCCUUGAACCAAAACUUAUCUCCAAUCUUCAAAAGAACUCAGAGAUCACUCCAGGAGAAACUGGGACAGAUUGACGACAUCAGCGCUUUACCAGAAGAAUACAUCGACUUGGAAAAGAAAGCCGAUGCUUUGAGAAUCGUUUACAAGAAAAUUCUUGCUAUUACCAGCCAAUACGAGAUUGAAAGUUAUGAUUACCCUCCUAAUCUGAAGGAGAGCGUAUUUGACGUGACAAAAACAAUUGGAGAGAAGAUCCAAGGAUUGAGCCAUGCUACCACCACUGCUGAAGCUGAAGCAGUGUUGAUAGCACCUGCUGGCAACCAGUAUCCUAAGACUUUUUCGCACUCGCUAUCCAAGGUUGUAACUGCCAGCAACGACAACCUCCUAAAGUCCCAGAACGAUCAAGAGUCUUCAUUGACUCAAGCUUUGUUGAAGCUCGCUGACACUGAAUACCGAAUUGGUGACAAGCGUCUGGAACAGGACAAACUGAUCAUUAAUGAGUUCAAUAACAAGAUUCGUUACGUCCUGGAACACAGUUUCACCGAGACCACGAAGCAUAGACGCAAUGUUGAGACUUCCAGAUUGACAUUUGACACUAUACGUGCUGAGAUCAAGAAAGCUCAAGCUGGUGAUGAUACUGCUGAAGUUCCUGCAGAGAUGGAAAAGAAACUCGAACUGGCUGAGGAUGAGCUGGUACAUUCCACAGAGGUUGCCGUCGAGUCUUUGAAGAAAUUGUUGCAACCAACUGAUUCGAUCAACCUAUUGAAGGUAUUCACUAAGAUUCGCCUCAAUUACUACAAGUCUGUCUCUGAGUCAUUGUCCGAGUUAGUUGACCAGCUGGACGCACUUCCAGAAGAUGAAGACGACGCUGAAGACGCUAGAUUCACCGAAUGA